GGAGAAAGAGAGAGAGAGAGAGAGAGAGAGAGAGAGAGAGCGAGCGAGCAGUUUGCAUCUGCAACGCUGCAAGGACAAACUGCACAGACAGGGAAGUACUGAACACAGUGCUGUCUGAGAGAAGCAGCCUGCCCGACGAGAACUUCCCUCUCGUAAUAUGACCAUCAUAAAUCUAACAAUGACGAGAGAGUGACACUGGGGAAAACACGGCUGGCUGGGGGACAAUAACACUACAAUAAAACUUCAGAUCGAAGAGGGAGACAUUCUGUGUGAAGGAGACCUUGAGGGGGAAGGAUAUUCUAAUAGAGAAGCACACCUGUUCCAAGCGAGCGUGUGAGAGAGGAUUAAUGUCCUGCGCGCAUGAGAAGAAAAGCCGAACUAAACUGUUCUGUGCUGUGCUGUGCUACGCCGUUUCCUGCUCUGCUCUGCUUUAGCGCCCCGCGCUGUGCUGCGCUGUUCCACGGCGCACUCUAACACGCAGCGCUCUUCCCGGCCUUGCUUGGCACUGAAGAGGCGCACUGCGUUCGCGUUGCGCGGUGUUCUUUGAUGUGCUAAGAUCCUGCGGCGGCUGUAGUGCCCUGGGCUGCGACUCCGAGCGACCAUGAGCGGGACUAAGAAGAGCGAGCUGGAGCUGAGGGACAAAGCCAUCCUCCACCAGCAGCGGCGCCUCAAACAGGCCACCCAGUUCUCGCACAAGGACUCAGCUGACCUGCUGCCCCUGGACGGGCUCAAGAGGUUAGGCACCUCCAAGGACCUGCAACCACACAGCAUCGUGCAACGGCGCCUCCUAGAGGGCAACAUAACACGGCUGCGGGGGGAGAACCGCGACCCGGCCGCCAGGGUGCGCUCUCCCCUGGCGGACAACAAGGAGGGCGCGGAGACGGAGGAGAAGAGCGAGAGCACCGCGGACGACUCGACGGAGGAGAGGGAGUCGCCUGAGGAGAGCGAGAAGAGCCUGAGAUCGGAGGAGGAGGAGGAGGAGGAGGAGGAGGAGGGCGCAGAGUCCGUGAGGAAGAGAGAGGGCGAGGAGGAAGAGGAGAAGCAGACGGCGGAGGAGGAAAAGACAGAAAAGCAGCAGGAGGAGAGGAGGCCGAAAGCGGAGGAGGGCAAGAGGGCGCUGACCCUCACAGCUUUGGUUGUAAAAUGCAAGUGCUGUGAGACAGAAGUGAAGGCCUCCAUCAACACCGGCUGCCAACAGAACCGAAUCUCCUCUGCCUGCUGCAGGAGACUGGGGCUGAUGCCCACCACAGUGGACCACGGCCUGCUCGGCGGCACCACACAGCCCCACACGGUGGAGGGCCUACAGCUGCAGCUAGGCAAAGAGAGGACACAGUGCUCCGCCCAUGUUGUCGAAGAUGACGUGUUUGAGCUGUGCCUCGGUCUUCAGACGCUGUUGGAACUCAAAUGUUGCUUGGAUCUCAGUAGCAGAGUGCUGAAGCUCCAGGGCUCAGGGGAGGAGCUACCUUUCCUGGAGCCCACCACCGAGAGCCAAUACCAUCAUGACAACAACAAAAACACCACCAUGUGACCCUGAAGUCACUUCCUCCUCCUCUCUGGAGUUAACGCUGCCAUAGUGAGGGCGUCUCUGAUGGUACCACCCCCCACACCCCCCCCCCCCCCAAAUCUUUGUCUCAUGUGACUAACCUGGAGGAGGACACUUCUCUCUCUUCAAUUUACACAACCGUGUCUGUUUCUGUAAGCUUACGAUUCUGUUUUCUUCAAUUCCUUCUUUUCUGUUUUUUUUUUUCCUGUGUAUUGAACUUGUUUAUAUUGGUUGAUCUGACAGAAUUUGAGAGGGCAAAGUUUUCUAUGUGUGCAAUCUUUACAAAUAAUUGUGGGAAAAAAAGCUUGUUACUAGUAUUUUCUAAAACUGUCUUAACUAAAUCUGUACGUGUGCACGAGAAAAUCGGUUAAGUCUGAUCUCUGUUUUGCUUGUGUAUUUGAUGUGUCUGCCUUUUGAGAGCUCUGCUGCCUGACAGUGCUGGGAACACAGCUUUUUUUGCCACCGACAGGUGACGGAACCAAUGAAAACCAUUGUGGCAGCCCUCAUGUUGCUGGAGUUCCUUGCAAGUUUGAUUCGGUCUGUCCAGUUAAAAGCAAUGUCAAGAACAGUCAGUAGGUCCCACAUCAAAUAUUCAACAUCUUUGAUUAUAUGUUAACAGGAGAGCAGAGGGUUCCUCUUUGUAUCUGUGUAGAGCCCGUACAGCACAGUAUUGAAACAUUCCACAUCUGGCUGUGGCUGACUACGCCACCGGUGGAUGAGUUGAUAUCUUCUGCAUGAUUUUUCAGGUGCUGGCUUGUGUAUGUAUGUACUGUAUGUGUGUCUGUGUGUGUGUGUGAGUAUGUGUAUACUGGAGGGCUGCUGGUUUCCAUGAUUGCCAGACCCAUGGGGAAAAAAAAGAAUAUGUUGCUGCUCUCUGUCCAAAUUCCAACUGUGUGUUUUAAAAUGCCAAGACACAACCCCAGCUGCCUUCCCUCAUCCC